AUGAAGCUCGUCAGAUUUCUAAUGAAAUUGAAUAAUGAGACGGUAACGAUUGAACUCAAAAAUGGUUCAGUUGUGCACGGCACAAUCACUGGCGUUGAUAUGCAAAUGAACACGCAUCUCAAAACUGUAAAAAUGACUGCGCGAAACCGGGAACCGGUGACACUAGACUCGUUGUCGAUCCGAGGGAACAACGUGCGAUAUUUCGUGCUGCCUGAUGCGCUGCCGUUGGAUACUCUGCUGGUAGACGAUGCACCGAAGCCAAAGGGUAGAAAGAAAGAAGACGUUCGAGGCCGUGGACGUGGUGGUAGUCGGGGCGGUCCUGGAGAUCGUGGAAGGGGUCCUGGACGUGGACGUGGACGCGGCAGAGGAAGGGGAUUCUAG